AUGAAUAAAAAUCAGCUAUAUCAUAAGGAAAGGAAGAAGAAUAUAUACCUAAAAGCCAAAAUUUGGAGAGAUUAUUACAAGCUUAAAGGAGCUUUAAUGAGAAUGCAAAUAGAAAACAAAACAAUUGAAGAACAAUUGAAAGCUGAACAACAAAAAAACAUCGAAAUAUUUGCAUUGUACGAAGAAAAGAUACAGAAAUUAACAGAGAUUGUUGAUUCGUUACCAAAUAGAGGAUUAGAAGAAAAUUCAAAUCCGAAUAAACCUGUUAGAAGAGUAAGAUGGAGAUUUGAUGAUUUAGAAGUUGAAACCAAAGCAUUACAAAGUGAGUCAGAAAGAGUAAUUCAACAUUUGCAAGAUCCAAUUCACAUUCGAAAACAAUUUAUCGAUUACAAUCAAUAUAGAUAUAUGAACACUAAAGAAAACAUGUCAAUUCACAGUACAAAAGUAGAUAAACCACAGAAACAGUAUAAGAAAGAAAUUAUUUUGAAUACUCAACAUAUUUCAUUCGAUAUUCCACCAAAUGAAUUAGAUGGCGAUAUAACAAGUCCAUUACAAUCUUCAUACGAAGAAGAAGAUAAUACUGAGAAUGAUAAUAAUAUUGAUGAUUUUCAGGAAGAAAGCGGUCAUACAUUUUCUGCAGAUGAGUUACCACCUGAUCUUAGAACACCUCUUGUCAAGCAUUCGUCAUCAAAAGGCUCCGCGAACUCAUUAAAAGAAAAUUCGAAGGAAAAUUCAAUAGAAAAUAAUUCUCAAAUCGAAGUCAAUAGUCAUAACUCUAUCAACAAAUCAGUGAAUAGUAAAUCUGCUGAUCUCAGUUUAGAUAACAUUCAAAAUUCUCCUAAAAAUCAGAGCAAAUCGAAUUCUCAAAUUAGCUUAUCUGGUGGCAAGUCUCUUAGUAAAUCCAGUUCUCAGAUUAAUUCUAAUAGCAAGAAUUCUGGUGUUAAGUCACCAGAAAAUUCUCAAAUCAAAUCUAUUGAAAAAAUUUCUCCAAUUCAAUCGAGUAAUGAAAAGUCUCUUAAUAAAUCAGGUAAUAAAUCUCAAAUUAAAUCAGAAAAUAGUGCUGUAAAGACUUCUCCCAAAAAUAAUCCAAAUUCUGUCCCAGAAGUUGAAAAUUUGCAAUCACAGCACGGAUCUUCAAUAUCAAAGAGCAUUAAAGGAUCUGUUUUCGAUGAUGAUGAACCACUUGAUCUUUCAUCUCCGCCGAAUAUCCAAGAUACUCCUGAUAGUUCACCGAAUAGUGGGGAUAAACUUACAAGAACUCCAAGUACUGAUGGAGAAAUAUCCCCGAUUACUUCAUCUUCGCCUCCUUCAAAUGUUUCACAAUCGACCAAUAAAACUAAUUCAAAUAUCCUUGCCGAAGACCAUGAAAUUGUUAAUGGAAGGGAUAUAUCAUUCAAUCCUAAACCGAUAUCCAUGGGAGAUUUCGAUAAAACAGAAUCAGCAAGUGAAAAUAAGUCUAUUGAACAAAUUCAGCCGAAGAAACAAGAAAAAGUCGAACAAAUUGAAACAAAAACAACUCCAAAGAAUACAAAUAGUUUCACUGGAACUCUUCCUUUCCAAAACAAAACUCCUUCGUUCAAUAUUACGCCAGGAAGUACCAGUUCUCCUCAAAUGUUGCCAGAAAGUUCAUCAACUGUUCCUAGCUUCAUGAAAGACAGUUCUUCAAUUCCAGGAACGCCAAACACUCUCAGCAGCACUCCUACUUUCAUGCAGUCCAAAUCUCCAACGCCAAACAACACUCCAACAGAUAAACAAAAAGAAGAAAAGAAGAAAACUCCGGAACAAAACAAAGUUGAAGUUACAAGUUCAACGCCAUUACCCAAUAAGUCGCAUAAUGCAUCUUCUUCAACUCCAUUGCCUGAGAAAGAGAAGAAAUUUGCUGCAACUCCGAUUAUUGGCGAGAAAUCUGUUUCAACUCCGAAAUUCAUAUUGGAAACACCAGGAAAUUCUGUUUAUAGAUCUAACACAGAACCUGAUUUCAGCCAAUCAGAUGGAAACGGGCUGAGUAGAGAGUCAACAAUUCCAGAUUUCAUGAAAUCUGAUGUAACUCCAGCUGGAACUCCGAAAAUCAGUAGAGAAUCAACUGUUCCUGACUUUAUGAAGUCAGAAAGCCCUCAAUCACAGGAAGCAAAUAGUCCAAACAAUACAGCAAGCACAAGUAUAAAUAUGCCAAGCUAUUCCAACAUGGAUUUCACUCAGCAAUCAAAUUAUAGUGUAGGUGUUUCAAGCUUCUCAUCAAAAGAGAAUAAAAACGACCUUUCUCUAUCUAAAAGUAGAGGAAUUUAUGAAAAUCCAUUAUUUACCAAUCUUGGAGUAGGAGAGCUGCGAAACAAUUAUGGCCACUUUGAGCUUGCAACUUCAAGUAGUGGAUUUGCUUCUUCAUUAAUGUAA